AUGGCCCCUAACAGGAAAUACCAGGUGCCCGUCAAAGGAGAUCGAACAACCAGAUUGAGACGAGCCGCGAAUGGACCUUAUAAUGCUCAGGCUUUGCAACGGUUACGAGCUUCCCAACGGGACGCAGCCCGCGGGGACACCGCAAGACGAGAAGAAGAUGCGUUCCAACAAGAGGACAUUCUUCAGCAGCCGCCAGACCACAUGUACGAUGACGCACCUCCGAAUCAAGACGAACAACAGGGAAACUCUGCAGAAGUUGAAGAAGAUACCGAAUGUGCGUGGGUCACCCUGGACGAGGAAAUACCAAACCCGAUUGACCAAGUAAUCCAGUCAAGAAUAGAGCAACAUCGACGAGACGCAAGGAAUUUUAACCUUGCUUCGGUCAUACGUGCCCUCCACCCGACUUACAUGGCUUUGAAGCAUCGAACACAAAAUUGGACCGGUCCGGAGGCAGCCCACUCGUUUGUCAACUGCCGCUGUGCACCUCACACAGUCACUAAGCGCAUGGUGGACAUGAUAGAUAUAAUGGGUCAACACCGUCGAAAAAUGACGUUUUGCCGGUGUACCCAUGAUGCUGUCCGACUGCUCCAGCAGGGUUAUUUAGCAGGAUCCCCGAUUCAACCACAAACUGCUUUCUCGAUGCGACUGAUGACUUUCCAUAAUGAGUUAUGGAAUCAAUGUCAUGUUGGAACUCUCCCGUUUACUUUGGCCCUCACACAAUGGCUAGAACCGAGGUCGGAGCGUCUCUUUGCCAAGAACAAAAAGCAUGCUCGCAAGAUUCGAAAGCCAUUUACCGCCGCAAUUGACAUGUUUCGUCAACUCAACGAUAUGACAGACUCUGUUGUUAUGGAAGCGCUUCAGCUGAGCGAACAAGACAAACUAGCCGGCCUUUCAUGUCCAGCGUGCUUUGGCCCCCAGCCACCCAACUCAGACCAAUAUCCCGAAACAACCCGAGACCGAUUGAUUAUUUGUUUGGAUGGGAAUUUUCAACACCGUCAUCACAUGAAAGCCAGCCGUGAUGAAUCAGUUCGAACACCUCGUAUCUUCCUUGAACAUUGUGAAGUAGAAGACAUGUCCGCGGAUAUCCGAGCAAAGGAACUAGAACAUCAACCUCCUGCCAAGGCCGACCGAUGUGCAGAUGCUCAUAAAGCUGCUGACGAUAAAAGAAACGAAUCAACCUGGAAAGGAUGUGAUGACACUGGCUUGAUGGGGUGUUGCUGCCGCCAUGAUAUGGCUGUUUACCUUGCCAAUAUACACAAGUCUGGAGAGCAGCGAAAACUCCCAUGUGCCUUGAUCAAGCGGGUAUUAACAGCAGUUGAGCCAAACCGGAAAUUGGGCAUCUUAUACGACAUAGGAUGCUCACUCGACAAAUUUAUCAAAAUAGUGGGUAACUUUAACUUUUUUUCUAGGUACACAUUGUUUAAAUCAUUUGCUACUUCGGUCUUCCAUGCCUAUGUGCACAACUGGUUAUGUCAGUUAGACUACAACCCACGGUACAACAAGGGCUGGGGCCUCUCUGAUGGUGAGGGUUUGGAACGCAUGUGGUCAUAUUUAUCACCACUUGUGAGUCCAUUACGCUAUGCCACUCGCAAUCAUCGGUUGGCCUCAAUUGCGCACCGAUUGAAAUUUCAUAAUCAAAGAGGAAAAAAUCGACUUGUUACUCGUCGUCGGGAAACUCGAGCUGAACUAGCAGGCCUACUCAACAUGAAAAAUCCACAUUCUGGUCAUGAGGUGAAUUAUAAUCAAGGCUUUUUCAUGCGGCAGUGGAAGAAUCAACGCCAAUUUCAGCAGGAUCACACUGAGGAGGAAAACGAUCGAAGAGAACAGUUAGUUAAGUUGUACAAGGAGGAGGCUGUCCUUGAGCUGCUUAGGAACCGUCUCAUGGGACCAGAAGUGUUCCUGGCAACUGAAGAGCAGGUAGUAGAGCUACUAGAUAACAUAUCCAAGAAAACUGAGGAAUUGAAGAACGUUGCCGAAGAGUUGCACAGGACUGGUUCAACUAGCGAAGGAUCUGAACGGAAUGAGGAGGAGAGGCUUCUCCUCCUCCUAUGGGAUGCCAAGUCUGAACUAUUCAUUCAUGCGGUCAACUUGCAUGCGGAACGACAUCCGGUUGUGAAUUCGAAAACAAUGAAAGAUCGAUUGGGGACAAAGCUGAAGGAAAAGAUAUUCAAGGCAAUUGGGAACCGACGUCCGGCAGUUGAGAAAUGUAUAGCAUCUUUCAACAAAUGCUACACCGACUUUGUCACAAAAUUCCCCAACCAAUCAGUAUCCAGCCUCCAGGGUCGAUUGACAUACGACGUCUUUUCAGCCUUGCCACUGGAUGACAAGUUCUGGAAUGACGGGCUGUACUUUCACUCAAAGGCCCCUUGGGCUGUGGAUCCGGAUGUCCGAGCGGGGAUCAGCUGUGUUCUGGUGCUGAGCAGAAUUCAAGAAGAAUUCCAGCUCAUUGCCCAAGAAUUAGCUCGGGCGGUUGGGUGGGCAAUCUCACACCAUGCACACCUGGUGGAGUACAUUGCUUACUUGCAAAAACGGUACGAUCUUCUGAGCAAAAAGGAUGAGAAUGGAAAUCGUCUUAGUGGUGUGGACGAAGAGCGACUGGUGCCUUUCGAUUGUGUUGAUGGAAUGGAUCUUGGGGGCCUAAACAGAAGGCUGAAGAUCAAGUUAGUCCAGCAGGAAUUGUACACACGCAUAGAUGAACAUGAAGUGCUGGUCGAAGAAUGGUCCGAAGACAUUGUUUGGCUCUGGAGUAUGUGUCAGCCAUUACCCAACAAACCACACAUCAAGCAGUGGCAUGAUUUGAUCAACCGAAUAAGAGGUAGGAAGGUGAGGAGGGAUAAUGGUGUUGGAAUCGAUGAGACCUUAGAAGACACUGUGAUAGAAGCUGGUGCACUUGAUGGUGAUGGGGAAGAUGCUAGUGAUGAUUUGGUAGAUGAGGUUAACUGA